GCACUUAUAAGGUAAAAGGAGCCUUCCGAAUCCUCAAGAAGGUUGUCGUACGAAUUCUACUGUUUUUAUACUCCCUUUCUGCUGAAUCUCCGAAUUGUAGUAUCGUGUCUCCCGCCCCAGGAUAAGAUGAGGCUUCUCAACGCCUUCACCCUCGAGCUCGAGGUGUUUCCUGAUCCCAUUCCAGAGAGUAUUCCCUACGCUAUCUUGUCGCACACCUGGGCUGACGAAGAAGUGACUUUCGACUGUAUGAAAGAUAUUUCGACUGCGCAAACACGUGUUGGAUAUGCUAAGAUCCUCUCGGCUUGCUUAAAGACACAAGACCAUGGUCUUGAGUAUAUCUGGAUAGACACUUGCUGCAUCGACAAAUCUUCUAGCGCCGAGCUGUCCGAAUGUAUCAAUUCAAUGUUCCGCUGGUAUAAGAAUGCUACUGUUUGCUUUGCAUUCCUCUUCGAUCUGCCAGCCAGCGACAACAGUGUGGAGUUAUCAGUUCUGCAGAAAUGCAGAUGGUGGACCAGGGGCUGGACUUUGCAAGAGCUCGUUGCGCCGACCAAUCUCGUAUUCGUCGAUGAGAGCUGGAAUUUCGUAGGGACCAAGUCUGAUCUUGCAGUCAUGAUCGAGUCGAUUACUGGAAUCAGUCGAUGGGUAUUGGACGGCCAAAAAUCACUCUCGUCCAUAUCCCUGGCGAAACGCAUGUCAUGGGCAGCUGCGCGAGAGACUACGCGUGUCGAAGAUAAGGCAUAUUGCCUCUUAGGCAUCUUUGAUGUCAACAUACCCAUGAUCUACGGCGAAGAACUAAAGGCGUUCAUCCGGUUGCAAGAAGCGAUUCUAUCCAAAACCACAGACCUCUCCAUCUUUGCGUGGAAGGCUAGAGAUGAUUCAAAGAAGCAUCGAGGCAUUCUUGCGGAAUCUCCAGCCGAAUUUCUUCACUGCGGAUUUGUCGAGCUAAGUGAUGACCAAUUCCGGUUUCGGGACGAAAUAAAUCUAACCAACCGUGGAGUGAAGAUUCGGACGCCUGUCAAGUUCGAGUCUAAUGGCAAAUAUAUUAUGGACUUGCAUUGCUAUGAUGAGAGUUUAUCAACUGGUCCAUCGCAACGAUUGGGCAUCUAUCUGCAACGAGCCCUGGACACUUACUUUCGAUACCUGCCGCACGAAACUGCUCUGGGAGGGAUGGUUCCAUCAGUGCGGGUUCUUCGUCCUCUUUUCCUUGCAUCAACUGCAGAUGAGGAAAUCGGGGACUCUCUGGCGAAGGAGAAGGACUGCAGAAAGAUCAUCUUCGAGUUUCCCUCAACCACGCAGAAUUACAUGCUACACGACUUCAGAGCCGUUCCUGAAACUUACUGGAAUAUGCAUGAGCGGUACUUCUCCAUAGGCGCACUUUCAAACUUUGACGGCUUUGUCCGUUUUUCUAUCACAUCGAGGGCUUCGUCGCAGUGGGGAACAACCACUGAGCAAACUACGGGGUUCCUCGUGGUUUGCGAUUUGACCAGCGGACCGGACUUCCGCCUCAGUCUUUAUGCUCAGACAGGUCUCCAGAGCAGUUCAAAGCCGCCCGAAUUCAUCGAUCCAUUCAACGAGAUUGACCAAUAUGGUCCUUUGGGGGACGCUUUCAGUCUCUCUGUGCUGCGGCCAGGGGAGAGAGAGGAUCGAGCCGUCUCGAUCAUUCAUAGAGACUACCGUCACAACUACACGGUUUUGGCGCACGUCUCUACAACUCUGUCUCCUUCAAUAAAAGUCAGAAUCGAGGUUUCUUCAUCGCCAGAGGAUGCGAGUUUCAAUCGAGGUCCGAGGUUUGGUGUGCCUGAGCCACCAAAGAGGGAUGAUCCACGGAUUCAUUACGGACGAAGCACCUCUUCAGCAUCUGCAUCUGCAUCUGCAUCUGCAUCUGCAUCAUCAGCUUCUGGAGCACCUUGGUAUUAAUUUGAGGGGUCUUGCCAAAACCUGUGCGUGCAUGGUGCGACCUGCUGUAUCUUAGGAGAAUCUUAAUGCUACAGUGGUAACACUAGGCUCGGUAUUACCGGAACAAGCCAACAGCUCCGGCUUGGCCUGAUGGAGUUGUUUGGUGUUGAGGCUUGGCUUGAUAGGCUUAGUUGGAGUUGAGGCUUGGUCGGCUUGGUCGGCUUGUUCGCCUUGGUGUAUUUUUAUCUUUAGCUGCUAAUUUCCCAAUUGAGUAGUUGGUAUUGUAUACGUC